GUUAUGAAUAUGAAGCGUUUUUAACCUUGGAUUCUGGUCUUUUGCAAUACACGUUGACAUAUUCAGUCAACCGCCGGGAAGUAAAAUCUGGCAGAAAAUACUACUCCAAGUUUGUUUGAUUUUUAUUCAUUUAUUUGGUGUUGUCUAGUAAGAUUGUCAUUUGUUGCCUCAUGAGAGGAUGGUGGCUAAACCGCUGAAUCUUGUGAUUGUAGGAGGUCCUGAUCUGGGGCGUGGAAAGAGAUUUGAGCUGCCGGAAAGGAUGACGAAGAAGGUUUUCACUAACACAAGGGAGAGAUGGAGGCAGCAAAAUGUAAACAGCGCCUUUGCAGAGUUGCGGAAACUGGUCCCGACUCACCCUCCAGACAAGAAACUGAGCAAAAACGAAAUCUUGCGCCUGGCGAUGAAAUAUAUCGAUUUCCUGGUCAAGCUGCUUAAAGAUCAGGGAAUAGAUCAAGGAAGUGGGGACUUUAGCAAAGCUGUAUCCUUUCCGGAGGUUACCCACGGGCGGUCUCCAGGCCAGGGCGUACCGGUGGAUGGGGGCAGCGCCCCUUCGCCUGCGUCAGGCAGCAGCAGCGGUAACGAGAGAUCCGUGAAUCCCCGCAGCUUACCCGAGGACCAGUCCUGCUCUGCUGACAGCGCCGUGGAACCGUCCACUACCAUUCUGUAUCAAUUUGCUCUGUUAAAAAAGUUAAAUGUUGUGUAGUUUCCCAUAAAGCGUCAUGGUUCUUAAAUGUGCCCUUGUCCAUAUUUAGUUGUUCCGUGACCUAGGCGAAAUGCUGGUCACUAAAGCCUGUGUAUCUGUAAACAACAAAAAAAACUGGGAAGAAAAACUAAAUUCCGUUAUACUGCCGUGACAUUCGUGCACCAGCCAAAUGGUGUUGAGGACCACAAUGGUAAAUCAUGACAUCUUGGGCAGUGAAUUUCUCUAUGAAGCGCGAGUUGUUUUAUUUCUAAAUUCCGCGGGGUGGUUUGUUAACUUGCUGCCCUUUUUAAGCUUAGGCUAACCAGGCCGGAGGGAACGGGAUCUUCCUGCGAGCAAUGAUUUUGAAUUCCACGGGAAACCGGGCGGCCGCAGUGUUGAAAAUCUACCGGCGUUCGCGAGGAUACAUUUUCACUUCAUUUGCAGAUGAUAGGUUCUUUGAUGGGUAGCGCUGUCGUUACCCCACUUUGUGUGCAAUAAGGUACGGCAGGAAUUUCACUGCCCUGCAACAACUCGUGUAGCCAAGCCUCUUAGUGCAAUCGAUCUGCGUGUCUGCACUGACCUUCCUCAUUGGAAACCAGUUAACCUAAAUUGGAGCUCAGCCCCAGGGCGAGAAUCAUUGAUACGGAAACCAGAUGUUUGCAAAGUUCACUGUCUGAUGCAUGCUGUUACUUUAGUUCCAAUAAUUAUAAUCCUUAUAUUUUAUUCGUUCUGGUGGAUGGAGUUUGUAAAAUAAGAUUUCAAAAAGGCAUAAACGUAUUGCACCCCCCACCCUGAGAUUAUUAAUAUAAGAUUGCGACGCGUUGUACAGAAGGGAAUCCGUGGGAUCAUGUCAGUGUCCAAAGGCGUCACAGAUUUAACUUUUUUCCACUGCAUGCCUAUCUGGUCCGUAAAAUCUAAUCACAAUCAAUUACACUUCUAAAAGCACUACAGGAAAUAUUACGUGAACAUUGCCCUCAAUGUUUUAACAAUUCCCUAAUUUUUUUUACUGUUUUGUUUUCAGUCCUAGCUAAAUUGAUAUUAAUUUAACUUAAUUAUCUGUAAGUAUAGUAAUAUAUUGGGAAAAGGAGGAAAUGCUUUGUUGAGCUAGCCAAAGAGUCUGCAAAUGUAUAAAAUGCCAAUGGUUGUCUUUAUGAAUGAUCAAAUAAGGGGGAAUUUUCGAAUACAGUGCUGUACAGGCAUUUCAAACUGACUCGGUUAUGAGUUUAAUGUAUUUAUUAUUAGAAGUUUUCAAACCAAUCACAUCAUAGCAUCUUUCAAAUAAAUAUGUAUUUUGUGUAACUUGCUAGAAUAUACUUUGUCACCUGUAAGUAUUUAAUCAUAAAA